AUGGCUGCCGCCUCGGAUCUCGUCAACGGCGGCGUAGCGGCGCUGCAGAUUGAGGAGGAGCUGGAGGAGCCGCCGGAGCAGAAGAACAAUGCGGCGGCGGUGUUGGCGUUGGCCCCUGUCCCCUGGCUGGCUGCCGUGGCGGAGCUUUACGAACGCCGCGAGAAGCUGGGCGAAGGCAUGUUCGGCGACGUGUACAAGGCCUGGGACCGCGUGCUCGAGCGCUUCGUCGCCGUGAAACGGCUCUCAGGGAGGACCGACGACCGCUUCGUGAAGACCUCGCUCGGCUACUUCGCGCGGGAGGUCAUGUCCCUCGCGGCGUGCCGCGGCCACCCUUCCGUCGUCCAGCUCCUGGCCACGUACGCCGACUGCGGCCGCGCUGACGGCGACUGCUUCGUCGUCACGGAGUACGCCGGGCCCAUGAAUCUGCGCCAGUACAUGGACGUCCGGCGCCUUAAUGGCGAGCCGUUCGACGAGGACGAGGUGCGCGACGUCAUGGAGCAGCUCCUCGCCGGCGCGAGGCACGCGCACAGGGCGGGCAUCCUGCACAGGGACAUCGUCCCGGAGAACGUGAUCGUCGACAUGGACAGUGCCAGAGACGACGGCGCGAGCGGCGGCAGGAUGGUGUACAAGAUAUGCGGCUUCGGCGUGUCGGAGCCGGCGGUGCAGGCGGAGAAGGACGACUCCGGGCUGUUGGCAGCUUCCAGCCCGUACCGCGCGCCGGAGCUCUUCCUGGGAUCCAAGGACUACGAUGGCCGGGUCGACACGUGGUCGCUCGGCUGCAUCAUGGCCGAGCUUGUCGUCGGCGACGGUGUGCCUUUCUUUGGCGGCACGCAGGACGGCGAGGUCUUUAACGAGAUGCUGCACGUGGUCGGCACCAAGGGCAUCGUCACGUGGAAGGGGCUGGAGCGUGUGGCGCCGCGCGAGAAGGCGGCCAGGCUUCGGAAGAUGGGCCGCGGGGAGCGCGGCUACCUGAAGAAGAAGUUCCCGCCGGAGGUGCUGUCUCCGGCUGGCUUCGAAGUCUUGAAAGGGCUGCUGCACAGCAAUCCGGACCGCAGACUUUCGGCAGCGGCCGCGCUUCGGAAGCCAUGGUUCCGGCGCCGUCGCUUCUUCAGUGCCUGCUGCUUCAUGCCUCAGGGUGGACCUUAG